AUGGACAUCGACAUGUGGGACCAAUCCGGGGAGUUCGACCAGGAUGGAGACAUUCAGAUGCCGGAUAUCGACCCGGAUGUGGAGAUGCCCGAUGCGCCUCCUCUUCGUAGGAAGCGUUCUCGUGGCCGCUCCGCUCCGCGGCGCGAUACUCCCAUACGUCGCCGAUACUGGGGGCUCCCAUGCGCCUCGGUACGACGUUUUGGUGAGCGAACGGCAGACAAGAAAAACGCCAUUAGGGCGUUCUCCAAGGUCCUGUCGAAGGUUUCUGGCCAGGGUCAUUGUGCUAUCCUGAGCCAUGGUGUGCUGGGGCCAUUGUGCUGUCCCACCACCAGCUCCAUCAUGUAG